AUGGGCGCCACACGCAACCUGCUUAUCUUUCACUUCUUUUCCUGCCUUCUCGUAGUCUUGAGUGAGCCAUGCCGGGUAAAGUGUCCCUGGAAGACUCUCUGCCAAACAUACACGGGAAAGAACGGAUGCGUGGAUGAUGGUGUCACAGAGCCCCCUCUUCCGCCCAGGGACAAUACCUGCUGUGGACCCCAUUGCCGCUACACGGCUGAAAAUGAUCAGGAAAGUGGUCCUUGCAACGAUACGGCAAGAUGGCGCUGUCUUCUGGACACCCACUGCGGAAUGGGCAACGUCACAAACCUGCCCUUCACCUACAACUUUCUGAGUGACUGCCAGCUGCAAUCCAAAAACGCGGAGAGGUUAUCCAAAGGCUAUGCCCGUUAUCUGAGUUUUCCGUGGACUAAAGACACGUGCGAGGCACAAAACUACAAAUGUGGCAUCAAUUGCUGUUGCCGCGAAAAAUGUCCUACUCUCUUCUGCAAAUUUCAAAAAUGA